AUGGACGCGGACGCGCGAGCCGCCACUGUACAGACGAUAGCCGGGCAUAUGGAGGAUGCGUUAGAAAUACAAAGAGAAGUAACAGACGUCUCCGGGUUGUGUGUCUCAAAAAGAUGGGGCAACUACGUGACGUGUUUAUACGUGUUCAUCAAGAUGCUCUAUUUGGGGAAUGUCAUAUUACAGGUGUUCAUCCUGAACAACUUCCUCGGGACGGACAACCUGUUCUAUGGCUUCCACAUUCUCAAGGACCUGUUGAACGGGCGAGAGUGGGAAGUCAGCGGCAACUUCCCCCGGGUCACCAUGUGUGAUUUUGAGGUACGAGUGCUUGGGAACGUGCACCAUCACACCGUCCAGUGCGUGCUGAUGAUCAACAUGUUCAACGAGAAGAUUUUCUUGUUCUUGUGGUUCUGGUACUUCAUGGUCUCCAUCGUGUCAGUGUCAUCAAUGUUCCACUGGAUGUUGAUUUCAUUUCUGCCUGGACAGCACAUGAAGUUCAUCCGGAAAUACCUCAGGGCGACCGACCUGGCGACGGAUCGGCAGUCGGUCAAGAAAUUCGUGCACAAGUUCCUCGGCUUUGACGGGGUGUUCUGCAUGCGGAUGAUCUCGGCGCAUGCCGGUGACAUCAUGGCCACCGAGCUGAUCGUUGCAUUGUGGCACAAUUUCAACGAUCGAGUGCGAAAAAGUCCAAUCGAGAUGUUCGAGGGCGGGGUCAGUCAAUCCCCGAGCAAGCUUGAUGCCAACUUCAAGACGUGGCUUCUCGGCCAGGCCAGGCAGCAAGCAAUGCAAAACUCGAAAGGCGGCGGCCACCUUUUCGAUUCGGUACUCCAGGGAGGCCAACGCGACUCGUUUUUC